CCAUAGGUGAGGUAGCGAGUGCCUGAAGUACAUGUUAGGUUUUCAGCAAUGGUUCCCGAUCUCAGUGGGAAGGAUGUUCAGUAGGUGCUCGACCUGCGUCAUUGUUGCAGCUCGCAAUGGCUGUCUGCGACUUGCUUGGCGGGCUCGCGCCGUACGGCCAGGAACGGAGCAGAUAUCUGCCAUUACAUUGCUGACCCCCGAAACAUCCCUUGUGGACCCUGCAGCCCUUAUAUCCAACUUGCCCGUUCUCCCGCGAACAUCGAGGUCCUUCCAGAAUGUCCCUAUACUUCUCGCUACCCCUGCGUUUGCCGCCUGGGCUCACGCUGGCAGCACUUUGCUCCCAUCCAUAGUGGGCCAUAUUUUCCAAGAUGCGCUGCGAACGGACGAAGAGAUUAAAGAUAUAUAUUCUAUAUCGGCUGUUGUGGAUAAGCUGCCAAUACCAGCAGGACUGGUCUCUUCGGCAAGGUCGGCUUCGCCUGAAGACUCCCCAGCCUUCGAAAAAGAAGGGUGCGAAGGAAUCUCGCUUUUGAUAGCAGACCAAGAGUCCUUAUCCGGAGACAUAGUCCGGCCCAUGCGAAGGCGGGAUGUCUCAAUGCCUGAAAUCGAGCCCACAAUUACGUAUGCCAUGACUUAUGAGCAAGAUGGAGGUGAAAAAGUGUCCACUGAAGUUGGGGUCCGCAUCGCAAACACGAUUUUUGUCACCGGCACACCGCGAACAAUGCUGGCAUCACGUUGGCGGUUUGAUGAGGAAAUUGGGAAAUUGAAACCAAAGGAAACGAAGGAUCUUGUGAUUUGUCGAAUCGAAUCUAAUGCCAAUUCGUCUGUCACGCCGUUUAUACCUUUGCAUCCAGUUACGCAGCCUAGGAAAGUCAUUACAAGCAUGGGAAAUGUUCUGAGUCAGAUUUCAACUGGAAAUGGUUCCACAAAAUCCGCGCCAGCAUCGGCGGAACUAGAGAAAGCCCUCCCAGCAUAUAUCGAUAAGCAUCAGUUGCAAAAUCGCAGGCUCGCAGUUUGGGCUCUCGUCAAACCCGAAGAAUUACAUUGCUCCUCAGAGGCUAGCCCUGAAGCCAGUGGAACAGACGACGUAUCUAAUGCAAUCAAAAAGAGUGCUCGCCUUCACCGUCUCAUGAGCGGAGGGGGAGGGUGGGGUAAAAAGCAGGGUCUGCUUUCUCUAGAUCCUGAAUACAGUUACCAGGAAGAGCACAGCUCUGGCCACCGUCGUCCUAUUAAUGAACUAUUCGAAAGGAACACUAUUGAGCCCGAUAUCGAGCAGACAGCCUUCGAUUCGUUCCCUAACCUUAUGGAAUUCAAUAAUGGAAAACUCGUAACGCCACUCUCCGAGGCUGCAAAGCCAGGAGAUACCGUACAGUUUUUUGUUGCACCGUUAGACACGGCAGUGCCCAUCCACAGUCCACUAGGUCAUACGAAUUCUUCGCAGGGCUCUCAACCCGCGGAAGUGGCGGAACGCUUUAUCUUCGGGGUGAUUCCUUCUGUCGAGACUGCUUCCGUCCCUGUGGCAAGUCUCGAAAAUGACUUGCGAUCUUCGACCCAGGUAUCCGAUAAGCAUCUUAUUGUAGUCCCAAACCAUUUUGGGGCGCUCUCUGAGAACGGUAUAACUUUUACUACCUUCGAGCAGGAUAGCCUGACGGGAGCUGACGAGCGGGCUCUCGAAGUGUCCGGAACAAAGAUUGAUGUCCCUGGCUCGAGAAUAAGCAUCAGAACCCAAUUUAAGUAAUAUUAACAUCUUUCUCUGUA